AUCCGAGUGCAAUAGGAGUUCAAGAGCGCUGGAUUCAAGGGGAGUGGACACAUUUUGUGCUCAACGUGUCAGAAAGGAAUCACUUGUGUGUUUUGAGUCGGAAGGAAGGAGAGUCAACUGUCGCUGCUGCUGUUUCUCUCUUUUUUUUUUCAAUUUUGACUUUUGAGCUUGUGCACGAGGGGAGCAAGCAUAGUGGCGGUGUGUUUAGGUGCAGCACAGACGGGCAUGUGUCGCGUGUGAGAGAGGCAAAGUUGAGCGCAGGGCAGCACAGAGGGGGAAUCAGACCCAUCCACGCGCCAUGAAGAAAGGAGGCUCUCGCGAUCCAAAUCCAAAUGAAGAUGGGGCUCAGCGCUGCAUGUCUGGCAGCAAUUAUGGCACCAAAAACAGCAGGAUUAGGGUGCUAUCCCAUCCAGGAGUCCCAUUAGUGGGAUUGAUGUUCUUGGCCAUCCUCCCGCUUGGAGUGAGCAUCAAACAAAGUGUCCCUCGAGUCAAACUGAGCCAGAGAGAGCUGCUGCAAGCAAACAGUGUUUCACUGUUUUUGGGACCCUCCGAUGGCCUCCUGUCACACUCCCUGCUGUUGGAUGAGGAGAGGGGUCGUCUUCUGCUGGGAGCCAGGGAUCACAUCUACCUGCUUGACCCUGACAACCUAGCCAAAGGUCCCAGAAAGAUUCACUGGCCUGCACCUCGCGAUCGAGUUGAAGUAUGCAAACUGGCAGGCAAAAAUUUGAAUGAGUGCGCCAACUUUGUGAGGGUGCUCCACAACUACAACCUGACACAUGUCUACGCCUGUGGGACAGGAGCCUUCAAUCCCAUCUGUGCUUUCAUUGAAAUCGCCGGCUCAAGACAGGAUGGAGUGUUCCGUCUACUGCCUGCUACAGUGGAGUCUGGCAGAUUGAAAUGUCCUUUUGAUCCAAUGCAAACUUUCACCUCAGUCCUCACAGACCAGUAUCUGUACGCGGGCACCGCCUCGGACUUUUUGGGCAAAGACACGACGUUCACACGCUCACUCGGCCCGCCACCUGACCAGCACUACAUCCGCACAGACAUCUCUGAGGACUACUGGAUCAAUGAGGCCAAGUUCAUAUCGGCACACCCCAUCGCGGACACCUACAAUCCGGACGAUGACAAAAUCUACUUUUUCUUCCGGGAGAUGUCGUGGGAAGGCAACGACAAGAGCGUCCUGUCCCGUGUGGCUCGCAUUUGCAAGAAUGACGUGGGUGGCCUAAGGAGUCUGACCAACAAAUGGACCACCUUCCUCAAGGCCAGACUUGUGUGCUCCAUACCUGGACCCGAUGGGGUGGACACGCACUUUGAUGAGCUACAGGACAUUUUUAUGCUUCCUACGAGGGAUCCAAAGAACCCAACUGUGUAUGGGGUCUUCACCACCUCCAGCUCCAUCUUUCGGGGCUCGGCCGUGUGCGUGUACAGCAUGGCGGGCAUAAGGGCUGCGUUCAACGGGCCCUACGCUCACAAGGAGGGACCAGACCACCGCUGGGUUGAGUACGAGGGAAGGAUACCGUAUCCACGUCCUGGAACGUGUCCCAGUAAAACAUAUGACCCUCGGAUCAAGACCACCAAAGAUUUCCCUGAUGAUGUGCUCAGCUUCAUCCGUUACCACCCGCUCAUGUUCCGUUCCGUCUACCCACUGAGCGGCCGGCCCGUGUUCACGCGCGUCCGAGUGGACUACAGCCUCACCCAGAUUGUGGUGGACAGAGUUUUAGCCGAGGACGGCCCAUAUGAGGUUCUCUUCUUGGGGACAGAUGUUGGCACAGUUUUGAAGGUGGUGAGCAUCACCAGAGACAAGUGGUCCACAGAGGAAGUGGUGCUUGAAGAGCUUCAAGUUUUCCAGGUUCCCACUCCAAUUCUCAGUCUGGAGAUUUCUUCAAAGCAGCAACAGCUGUACGUUGGCUCCAGCGAGGGUCUGGCCCAACUGUCGCUAAGCAGAUGUCCCCUCUACGGCCAAGCCUGCGCCGAGUGCUGCCUGGCCCGAGACCCCCAUUGUGCCUGGGAUGGGCACACCUGCUCCAGAUAUGUCCCAGCAGCCAAGAGGAGAGCCAGAAGACAAGACAUCAAACAUGGAGACCCCGCCAGUCAGUGUUGGGAUACAGAGGACAGUUUUGGCGUGGGACGUGUGGAGGAGCGAGUUCUCUUUGGUGUGCAGAGCAACUCGACGUUCCUCGAGUGCAUCCCCAAAUCUCAACAGGCCCAGAUCGGCUGGUUCGUUCGCAGGGCUGGAUCGGAACACAGGGAGCAGGUCAGGCCUGAUGAUCGCAUCAUACAAACAGAGCGAGGCCUCCUGAUUCGCUCUUUGCACGUAUCAGACAUCGGCGUGUACGAAUGUGAAGCUCAAGAGCACACUCACUUUGCUCACACGCUCCACCGGAUCACCCUUAAGCUGGUCCCACACGGACAACUGGAACGAAAGCCUAAGGCCGCCGAGGACACGAUGAUGGAGCUACAGCAUGGCCACCGUUACAAAGACUACCUGAGGCUCUUGGGCUCCCCCGUGGGCUCCCUAGAGGAGUACUGCGACUCCCUUUGGCUCGAGAAGAGGCCGGCGAAGACCCGCGUCCGAGCUUUGGGAGUCGGCAAGUGGAAACACAUGCAAGAAAUGAAGAAGAGUAGGAACAGAAGGCAUCACAGAGAAAAGGAAAGAGGGACUGACAAACUGUAGUGAACAGUAGACGAUGGAGAGGGCUGUAAAAUAUGGCGGGACGAAUCAAUCGUCAAGCAAAAAAAGUUCACAGACUUAAUUUAGUGGGCAGUUUUUCGUACUUUUUUUGGAAAAGGUCUGAUGUAAAAUGUUUCAAAAUGCAGACCAACCGAUUAAUCGACGAAAUGUAAUUUAUACAAACCUCCCCGAAUUGGUACGCGAGUUUGAACAGUUAUUCUUUUAGUCGGAAGGCAAUCUUGGAACAAAACAAAACAUCUUUAUGGUUUGAAAUGUGUAGAAAAUAGCAUUAUUUGGUAGACAAACCUAAGACCCAGCAAAUGGAAGUCCUCGGUUUACGAAUGAAUUACAUUACGACGGUAGUGAGGCCACUUUGUAGAAAAUGGUGUGAAAUUUUAAUGCUUCCUUUGAAUGCGGUAAAAAAAAGUAGCGCAAUGUGUAGGACAAAUUAAAAAAACAAAUUCCAUUCCUCGAGUGGCAACACAACCUAAAUCCAUAUAUUAGUCCUCAUGUGUUGUAGUCUAUCACCAACUUUUGCUUACGCAGUCGUGAAAAUAGCUGUUCUUGUUUGAAAAAAAAUCCAGUGAAAAAAAGUAAGAAUGACCUUAAAUGUAAAUGACUUCCGCAAAAUGUCGUUUGUCGUUUCCUUUAGAAACCGAGGACCCCCUUAAUUAAAGUGUGUUCCCUACCUAUACGUUUAUAUUUUUAGCGAAUGUUUCACAAUCUAAUGACACAAUUCCACUUGCUGACAUCGGCUUGUUCUAAUUGAAACACCAAAAUUCUUCUGGUCUCAGGAGUAUAAUGCAAGUCAAUUUUGCCACAAAAUGAAUACCAAAACCAACGAGUUAUCCAUUGAUUGUUACGCCCCAUCCCUUCUUUGGCCACUGAGAGACUUUAAACGACUAUCAAAUUAGUGGAUCAUGAAAAGACGGUUUCCUCUUGGAGAUAACAAUGCAUUCAUGUUGAAUGACUGUAAAUAAUUGUAUAACUUAUACAGAAUAUAGAGGCGCAUCUCAAAACCUCCACUAGUCAGGAGUUAUUAAAAACACACACAAAAAGGUGUGGAAUGAUCAAAAGAUGCCACAAAAUGGUAAAGCAUUUUUUUCAGCCUGACAAAAUGAAGCUCCUCCCCUCAGGAAGUGCUUGAUAGCGAUAUUUUUUAUGAAAGACAUGGCUAAGGCCUAAGCACAAAAACGAUAAAUAGAUGAGUCAAUGAACAACAGCGGCUUGGUUUCCCCUAAAAUUUGGUAGGAGGUGAAUUUAUGAAUGGAGAACCGCAAAUAUGGGAGUUCACUGUAAAUUAGAAUAUUAUAAAAGUCAAUUUAUGUAAUUGAAAAAGUGAAAUAAAAUUCAUGCAGAUGCAUUAAAAAUACUUUUCAGAACUUAAAUUCCUUCCUAAUUUCCAUGUUUAAAAAUAACUCAUUUUUUGGGACAAUUAUUUGGGGUUUUUGUUGUUUAGUUGUAAGCUAUAAUCACAAAAGUGUAAAAAACAUUAAAUUACCAUCAUCAUGAAAUAAUGGUGUUGUUAAUUUACAUUAUGUAUGAUUUCCACGUUUUGAAUUGAACUGUUCAAUUUAUUAAGAACAAAUUAUGCUUAUACUUUAUUCUACUUCAUUGAGAUGCACCUAUGUCAAAUGUCCAUUGUAGUCUAACUAGUGCUUUUAUGAUAAACAUGUAGGCUGUGAUGUCAAGGACAGCCGAUAUUAUAUUUUUGUACUGUCAGAUCACUUUUUUUGAUGUUGUCGUUGAAAUUAUUUAAAUAAACAAGUCUCGCGUGCAUAAAACCUGAA